CAGUGACAGUUACCCUGCAGGCAGUUUAGGCUGGGUCUCCGCGGUGGUCAGCACCAGCUCAGUGUAGAGGCGGACUGUCACACUAACCUAUACGAUUUCCAGGCUUUUCUAAGCCAGGGCCGGGCGGGAGUUUGCAGCUUAAUCCACCGGCGCCAGCGGGGUUUUACACGCCGGCUCCCGGCCCUCCAACCGAAGGGAAAUCGCAAGUUUGCAGCUCGGUACUGGGCAGACCUGCCUCUCAGCUCCGGUCGCCUCCUCUCUGCCCCCUGCAGGCCGGCCGGCGGGACUGCUCAGGGGACAGUGCUACCUCGGUCUCAGCCGCCCGGUCAGAAACUGCAGGCCGUGCAGGGUCGCCGCAAGACAGCGGGCCAUGGCGCGGGUGCUGAUCGUGGGCGCGGGGCUAACGGGAAGUUUGUGCGCUGCGCUGCUAAGGAAGGAGGCGGCCGGUCCCUUACAUCUUGUUGUGUGGGACAAAGCUGGGGACUCAGGGGGAAGAAUGACCACCACCAGCAGCCCUCAGAACCCACAGAGCACGAUCGACUUGGGUGCCCAGUACAUCACGCGCACUCCUCACUAUGCCAAAAAACACCACAGUUUUUAUGAUGAACUGUUAGCUGUUGGCAUUUUGAAGCCUCUGACCUCUCCUAUUGAAGGAAUGGUGGUGAAGGACGGAGACCAGAACUUUGUGGCCCCUCAAGGAAUUUCUUCAAUUAUUAAACAUUACUUGAAAGAAUCAGGUGCUGAUAUCUGUUUCAGACAAUGUGUGACCCAGAUCAACCUGAGAAAUGACAAGUGGGAAGUCUCCAAGGAAACAGGCUCCCCUGAGCAGUUUGAUAUUGUUGUCCUCACGAUGCCAGUUCCUCAGAUUCUGCAGCUUCAAGGUGACAUUGCAAAUGUAAUUAGUGAAUGCCAAAGGCAGCAACUGGAGUUGGUGAGCUACUCCUCUCGCUAUGCUCUGGGCCUCUUUUAUGAAGCUGGCACGAAGAUUGAUGUCCCUUGGGCUGGGCAGUACAUCACCAGUAAUCCCUGCAUACGCUUCAUCUCCAUUGAUAAUAAGAAACGCAAUAUAGCAUCGUCGGCAAUCGGGCCUUCCCUCGUGAUUCACACCACUGUUGCAUUUGGAGUUGCACACUUGGAACACAGCACAGAGGAUGUGCAGGAGUUGAUCUUCCAGCAGCUGGAGAACGUUUUGCCAGGCUUGCCUCAGCCAGUUGCUACCAAAUGCCAGAAAUGGAGACAUUCACAGGUUACAAAUGCUGCUGCCAAACGUCCUGGCCAAAUGACUCUUCAUCUCAAACCUUUCCUCGUGUGUGGAGGGGACGGAUUUACUCAGUCCAACUUUGAUGGCUGCAUCGCUUCUGCCUUAUGUGUUCUGGAAGCUUUAAAGAAUCAUAUUUAGUAUUUGUAUUCUUUUAAUUUGUGUUCUUUGUGUUUCUUUUCAUUUUUAUUUCAGCUCACAUAUAUUAUGAGUUUCAGGAGUACAACAUAGUGAUUACACAUUUAUAUAACUUAAAAAGUGAUCACGCAAAUAAGUCUAUUUAGUAUCUGUGUUCUUAGCUUCUACAUGUACUUUGGGUUUUGGAUUUCACAAUUCUCUGUUAUUGGCUGUUUUGUUUUCUAUUUUGAUGAGAGAAAUUACCAAAAAAUUGUUCAUGUUUGUCAUUUUUUAUGGAGUAUAAAAUCAAUUUUAAAAUUUUGAUAGUUAUAACCCAUACUACAAUAAAAAUUUUUUGGACUUUCUACCUUUUGCCACUUUUCUGAGUUGCCAUGACUACUUCUUGAUGGACCAGAAUUAGUGCUUAAGAAUAACAAAUGACCCUCCCCCAAAAUUAGGUGAAAUCACAGUAACAAUUCAUGUUCCCAAACGUUUAUUAUUCUUUUGAAAAUUUUGCUUUCAAAUAAAGAAUAACCAUUAUCAAAGCCUGGUUUUUAAUCUUCAAGUGUACCCUUGAUUCAGUAUUUUUGCAGCCUGCUGAACUACAAUGUUCCUCCAAACUGUGAAUAAUUUUGGUUUCUUAUUUUUCUCUCAAGUCAUUAAAUAAUCCUGAAUUGUAGGUCAGCUAUGUCCUCAUCUCUGAGAGAGCAACUUGACUGAUGAAGUAACCUCUCUUUAAAUUGUCAGAAAAGAACCAGAUUCAACUUGAUUUUCCAAGUCACACAGUGCUUUUUAACUUUGAAAAUAAGGCUUAUUAUGACAAAU